AGCUGCACUUCGUUACUAAAAGAAAAUCCAUGGUUAAGUCUUUUAUAGCAUCUCCCGUAGAGGUACAUGGACAUUUGAAGACAGCUGCUUCCCAAGACAUUAACGGAUGUGAAAUAUAACUCUGUCAGCUGGUGCCAGAACUACAGAGUUUUUCCAGCACUUUCUGUUUUUACUUCAAAUCCACAAUAUGUUGCAUUUAUUUGAUUAGCCACUGUUCGUUGCGCAUGCUCCGCAGUUACUCCCUAAACACCGCCAUCUGUUGGCGGGGGGAGUGGACAGGAUUCCCAGCGGGGUUCAGUGCGCAUGUGUCAGUUGUUAGACUCCAGCCAGAAGAAAAACAAAGGAAGCCAAGAGUGCGUGCAUGCCAGGCUUCAGAACACAAAGCCUCGCUGCCUCCGUGUGCUGGCCUCCAUUCGGAACUCAUGGCUCCCAGCUCAGCUUAUGCUUGGCUCUGCUCCCUGCUUUGGGCUCCAGCCCAGGACUGGUUUCCAGGACUCGGCUCACGCACGCUUACAGCUGCUGUUACAGGCUUCAGCCACGACCUUCUUCCGGGACUUGGCAUGUGAUCGCUCUUCUCCCGCUCCAGCUGCGACAUGAUUCUGAGACUCGGCCCGCAAUCGCUGUGCUCCCUCGACUCGCUUUCAGGACUUGGCCCGUGAUUGCUCUCUCCUGCUCUGACCAUGACUCAUCUCCCGUACCAGCUGGUCUCUGAGUCCAUGCUCCAUUCCCUCCAGCAAAGAUUUUUGUUGAGCUUGGACCAACAUGUGAGAACCUAAUCAGGACUCUACAUGAAUAUCACAGAACUGGACAGCUUAAUGAACUUCUUUUUGGAAAGCUGUGUUUCCGCAUGAAACUUAAAUUAUAUUGCAUUGGAUUUGCUUGAGAUUUAAGUAGUACUUACACUUACCUAUUGUGUAAAUGCUGAAAAUCUCAUUCUUUUCCAUGAAGCGCUCAGGUUUAACACUAAGUUUGAUUUUCAACUGCUGUACACUUGUUUGCACAUUAUAUAAUGGUACAAAUCACAGUACAGAAAGGACCAUUUUGGCAACAAAUGCAGGAUCACGUCUUCUUUCAAGCCUACCAGCACAUCGUGACAUAAUAGUGAAAGAAGGAACCAGUGUAUUGAUUGAGUGCAAUGUGAACAACAGUCAGUUGCGCAAUGUACUAUGGUACAACUCGAAGGGUGAACUUUUGGAGGAAUCAGGAGAACUAGAUGGAAAAUGGCUUAUUUUAGACAGUGGAGAGCUAAAUAUCACCAGAAUUACAUUUGCCGAUCGAGGUCGUUACACAUGUGUCUCAAAAAACUCUCAUGGAACCUUAAAUUAUACAGUCACCUUGCGUGUUGUCUUCACUACAGGCGACAUGGGUGUUUAUUAUAUGAUCGUUUGCCUCAUUGCUUUCACAAUUGUUAUGAUAUUGAACAUCACUCGUCUCUGCAUGAUGAGCAGUCAUCUGAGGAAAACUGAAAAAGCAAUCAACGAUUUCUUUAAGAUGGAAGGAGCAGAAAAAUUGCAGAAGGCAUUUGAAAUUGCAAAACGCAUUCCUAUUAUUACAUCUGCAAAAACACUAGAACUAGCCAAAGUAACUCAGUUCAAGACCAUGGAGUUUGCAAGGUACAUUGAAGAACUUGCUCGUAGUGUUCCGCUACCACCUCUUAUCUUGAACUGCAGAGCAUUUGUAGAGGAUAUCAUCGAAGCUGUAUGGAUGGAAGAUCCAGAACAGGCAACAAAUGAAAAUAAAGAUGGACAGGUAGUUAGGGGCAAUGAGGAUAUUUACACUAUUGGUACUGAAAUACAACGCAGCAGUUCACCUGCAGGUGAAUCAGAUGACUCCUAUGUGCAUGAGGAAUGCCAAGAGAUUGCAGUUCAAGUUUCAGUACAUUCCCAAUCAGAAAAACAGAGCAUUGACACACUAUCUCAAGGAAGCAGUCGACUUGAACAUAGUGAAGAGAGUUUAUCUAAGAUACAAACAAACAAAACAGAUGGGGUAGUGUAUGAAAGCCAUAUAUAGAUUGUGUUAGGUAUCUUUCAUAUCAACAAUGACUGAGGGAAAUGUUCAGUGGGUGAAGCAAUUUAAAGCUGGUUUGCUGACAUAUUAAGUUACAAAUGGAUCAGAAGGCAAUUAUAUUCAACCCACAGCAGAAUUUAUGUAAUUGUCACUGUGAUAUUACUUUUCAUAGAAAUAUGUAUGUAAUUUGUCAGUUGCAGACUGCUGCUGAAGAGAUUAAUAGUUGUUUGUAUCUAGAAAGAUGCAAGGUAUGAGUAAGCCUUUUUAUCAUCGUAAGUAGUUGUUUGAUAAUCGUGCUCUAUUUAAUGGAUGUAAAGAUGAUUUGACUGCAUUUAUGAAAAUGAAAGGAUUGUUGUGUAGUAGCAAGUCACCAAUGCAUUACAAUGUCAUUGGAAUUAAUGUAGCAUCUAGUGCACAUAUUAUUAAUAAGUAUUGUAAUAAGCCUGAAGUUUCCAUUGUAAGCAAACUAUCUAAAAUCUCAUGAUUUUCCAGCCACUUUUCUUGAGAGUCAAUCUGGCUUUGAGGGCAGGGCCUGCACAGUGUAGUUUAAGCAAAGUAUUUGAGCAUUGAUUCAUUAUUUCCCUAGCAAUCCCCACCCACCAUAUCAUACACUGCAGACUUGGAAAAGGUCAUGUGAGCCCAUGAUUGUACAGAAGUAUCCUUCAUGGUUGUAGUUACGCACUAAUUUUUAAAUACCAAAAGGGAUUAGCAGCAAUGUUUCGUUUCAGUCUUCAAAAGUGUAUUUUAAGAUACGUUUCAUGAUGUCUGUUUUGCUAUACUGAGAUGUGGAAGGAUUUUUAUCUGUGAUAGACCUGCAUUUUAUUUUAUGUUCAAGUGCAUGAUUUGCUUCUGAUGUGUCUUUAAGCAAUUGAAUAUUGAAUUAAUUAUUUUCUACAUAAUGCAUGCAACUGUUCUUAUACUCUUUAUUCCUCUUGUAUCACAUUAGUUUGCCAAUCCAAACAUUUCAGUCUAGCAGCUAUGAUCCAAAUCUUUGAUAAAAUAAGUCUUACUUUGUCAAUUCUAUGUUUUCUCACUUAUACUUCAGAGUGGUGUAUUACAAAGCCCAAGCAAUCUUGUACAAAUGCAGUGGUGCUUUAAAUUGAAUACUCAGUAAACUGCAUUAGUAGACUGACUCAAUACCUCAUCCAUUUUCACUUUACAUUUUUGACUGAAUCAUUAUUAUUUUAUUUCUUCAGUCAGUUUAGUUGUAUUUCAAAUUCUUCCAUGUACGUAAAUGAUGUUUAAAUUCCUGGCAGCAUAGAGUAAUCCAACAACCAGCAGCAGUCUUCAUGACUGCUUACAGUAUUUCAUAUUUUAUUUCUCUUUGUUUAACUCAAAUGUUCACUUAAUCUUUAAAUGAUGGCUAAUAUAACUUAGAAAUUUCAUAGAUCUAUUUUUUCAUCUUAAGCAGUCUGGAAAUGUUAGCCAUGUAUACACUUUUGUAGCUAAAACAAAAUUCUUUAAAGUUGUAAUUUCCACUCUCAUUCUGUGGUACAGCUUUUCUAUGAAGUAAAAGUUGUUUGUAACUCA